GCAGAGACAACAGCUGAAGAGCAUCAGUCUAUUUGUGUUGCCUCUAAUUUGAGUUGAGUCUCUAAAAGGUGGUGUGGUAAUUAGCAGGACAGGAGAACCACCCUUAGCACAAUCAGAGGAUUAAACUCCCUCAUUAAAUCAGUCCCACACUAACUUGCAAAACACAAACAAACAAGCCCUUGCUCUGCACUUAAUAUGCUAUCUUAAUUAUUCCCUUGAUGCUGGCUGGGCACAGGAAGUACGAGGAGUAAACCAGAAAACGAAUAAUUUGGUCCUAACGCCAUUCUAUGUGUUUGUAUAGCUAUGCGCCAGGACGGGGUUUCGGUUGGGGGACAGUACUUGGUGUUGUUGCAUUUCUCCCUUCGCCCCUCCUUGGUCAGACUAACAGCUUUUUUUUUGUAUUUUGGCGUCACUCUUGAAAGUUCGCUUUAGUCCAGUCCCCUCCCGAAGCGCAAAUACCAACACACUUCAGUUUGCGCCAGACGCAUCCCCAAACAGUCCGCCGCUCCCUGCGCUCCUCUGCAGAGUGGGACGACCUGCAGCAACGCACCGCCGGGCUGCCGGUGUUCGUGGAUCUAACGGAGUUCUUUGAGAAUUAAUCCACUUGUUUUACUGGACACUUUUGUUUCAUUUUAGGGUUUGUAUUUAGUUGUUGAAUUUUUACGAGUUUAUUUUGUUUCCUCGCUUUUCUUGAUUGAUUUAUCCCGGAUCUAAAGUUAUGGAAUAAAAACGCAGAUGUAUUUUUUUAAUGCAUAUGCUAGAAUAAGUAGCCCACAUCCAACUUUGAUGAGGGGAGAAAUCCUGGUGAAAGGAGCAGCCCCACUGGAGCGGGAAGAGACUUUGCAGAGUCCCCCCCAGUGAGCCUGAAGAUGUGUGGGAGUAGGCUGGUGAUGGUGGCCGUGCUGGUGAUGGCGUGCUCCGUCCCAGCCGCCCAGGCCUGUCCCCGGUCCUGCAACUGUUACCAGGCCAACGAGGUCCACUGCACCUUCCGCUCCCUGCUCAGUGUGCCACAAGGCCUGCCUGCUCACACACAGCGCAUCAACCUGGGCUUCAACAGCAUCACCAGGAUCCCUGAAAACUCAUUGGCUGGCCUGAAGAGGGCGGAGCUUCUGAUGCUCCAUAGCAACGACCUGAAUCAGAUUCCAGACGGGGUGUUUGGAGACAUGAGAUCACUACAGGUGCUGAAGCUGAGCUACAACAAGCUGGAGGAGAUCUCCUCCUCAGCCUUCUCUGGCCUGACGUCCCUGCUGCGCCUGCACUUGGACCACAACCACCUCCGACACCUCCACCCGCGGGCUCUGCUGCAGCUGCCCAGCCUGCGGCUGCUCCGCCUGCAGGGCAACCGGCUGCACCAGCUCCAUCCCCGCAGCCUGUGCACCCUCUCCCUGCUCAACACAUACUACUACUCCACCCUCAGACAUCUAGAUCUGUCCAACAACAGCCUGGCCUCUCUCCCUGAACCAGCCCUCUCGAUGGCGCCCCUGCUGGACACGCUGGUGCUGUAUUCCAACCCCUGGCGCUGUGACUGUGCCAUGGCCUGGUUCCUUGGCUGGAGUCGCGCCCACCCAGGAUUGAUGAAAUGCCCUGGAGGUCCUCAGUGUCCAGUCUGUGAUACGCCAGUUUAUCUACAAGGGCGUGGCUUGCUCCGGCAGACCGACCUACAAUGCACCUCCCCCAGCAUAUUCUCAUCAGGAAGAGACCCCCCUUCUGCUGGGGACCCUGGGGAGAUGAAAGAGUUGGAAUCGUUCAGAGAACCUUUAGGCAAUGCUUCUUUAGGUCUAUCUGACCACCAGGGGAACAGUGUUGAUCUGAGCUGCAACGUUACCCACACUCUGCACUCCCCUGACAUCCCACCACCAGACCUGUCUCUACCCAGUGCUGCUCCCAUCCCUAUGGCUCUUUCCCUCUCCCUGGAGUGUGCUGUGGAGAGAGCAGGCUAUGAGAGCCUUUGGAGGAUCCUGGCGUACUACAGUGAGACUGCAGUACGCCUGGAGCGGGAGAUUAUGCUCAGCAAACCCCCAGCAUUGGCAUACCGGUACAGGCAAACAGCUGAGACUGAGGGAUACUACUACACCGGAGUCAAGGCUUCACUGAAGACCACACCGCACUGGAUGCUACAGCCAGCGGUGAGCCUCCAGCUGAACAGAGCCCAGUCCAGCGAACGGAAGGUCCAGCUUAUACUGACCACCAGGGUUUCCGUCCACCCUGACCCCAUUUAUCGGUCCUCAUCGUCCUCUUCUUUAGCAGUAGCUGACCCUUUAUCUCGUCAUCCAUGGGCUAUGAUAUUAAGUUCCACAGCUCCCUCAGCAUAUGCAGCCGUAGCCGGCAGUAGAGUAGAGAUGUCCUGCCCUCUGGUGAGCUCUGGGAACUUCACAGUACACUGGAUUCUCCCAGAUGGGUCCAAACUGGUCUCCCCUUACCGUAGUACUGAUGAUAGGGUCAGUGUAUCAGAUUCCGGUAUACUUUUACACAGAACAGAGUCUUCAGAUGCUGGCCUGUACUACUGUGUGGCCCAGGCAGGCAGUGACGUGGAUGUUUUACCCCUACGGCUCGCUGUGGAGGAGUCUUCGAUUGCAGCCACUGGGGAACAAAUCGGGCCCUCUGUCACAGGGCAGGUAGGGGAGUUCGUCACUCUUCUGUGUAAUGCCUCUGGUUCGCCCACUCCUCAUAUCAGGUGGCUGCUACCGGAUGGAAGUACAGUCCGGUACGGCACCACCGUACCAGGCGGAGCGAGCGUACAGUCAAAUGGUAGUCUAUCCCUGGCACAAGCUUCUCUAAAGGACGACGGCAGUUACCGCUGCAUGGCAGUCAACCAAUACGGCGCUGACUCCCUCUCCAUGCGGCUGGACAUUAGCGCACAAGCCGGACCGUUCAGGUCCUCUUUCCACAGAGGACCCCAGUCAGCUUCCGGCCGCUCGACUAGGAUACGAGCCCCGUUGCUACGGGAUACUGUUGUGGAAGAUGGAUCAGGGGAUAAUAGUGAGGAAGAGAACCCUAAGGUUCCCGUUAUUAAUAGGAGGCGGCCCCAGUAUCCCCUCAACCGGCGCUUGCCGAGCGGUCAUCCCAGAAGACGGGGGCCAAUAAGGGGUGGGAAACCCCUGAGGGAAGGCGGGCCGCCGUCUCAGAGCCAACCUGGAAGAAACCGUUUUGACAGCAGACAGAGAGUCAGUGCAACCAAACAGAGGAUCGACCCUAAGAAGUGGGCCGACCUAUUGGCUAAGAUACGCCAAAGGACCACCCUUAAUAGCACAACUCCGCCAACUGAAGUGGAAGAGCUUAGUCUCGAACCUGUAGACAAGGAAACCAACACAUUGACGAGCAGGGUUGAUGGAGAGGGCACUACCGGCAGUAAAAGGGAGGAGGUUUCAAGUGACAUUGACAGAGUUUUGGGUGAGGGAGGGAAUAAUAGAGACCGACAGCAAGGUGAAGUAGAAACCGAAGGAUCAGCUUUUGAGGAUGUCAGUCUUCAGGAAGAAGGCCUACAGCCCAUUGACCACAUUAUUACACAAACCCUGACAAACACCGAGAUUAGAACCAACCUUCUGGCUAACACGGAGACGGAGAGUGGGACGGAGCGGAACGCGCUGUCGGAAACACAAGCGAGCAACGACAGAGAGAACAAGGCUGACACACAGACACAGUCAAUAUCAAAAACAGAAGCGCCGACAGCCCAAGUCACGUCAAAACAAAUCUCCAUCACAAACGAAAUAGAUUUAGAAAAGCCGGAUCCCAGUCCAACAAGGUUUCAAAACAACCAUCAUCGAGUAAAUCCUGUUCCCAACACGCGGCCAGAGAGCCCCUUGGACACACGCAGACGGACCAGCCAGCGCAGGAGACCAUUCACCCGGUUCAGAGUGCGACCUAAGACCCCACCCCGACCUCUUCCUGACCCCAACAGCCCGGGGUCGCAAGCUGUCACCCUCGACACUCGCUCCAACCAAAUGUCUUCUUCUGCCCCCCCGACCCCCUUUGCAGUCAAAGAGACCCACGGCUUGGACCGCAUCGGGUCUGACAGCUCUCUCUCAAACAGCCUGGAUGUGGAUCCACCGUCUCCCACUCUGUUUGACUCUUUAUCCCUCUCCCUUUCGGCCUCUCCAUCCCCGUCUUACUCACCGCCUCGCUCUCCACCCCCCCAGACAGAGGAGGAGGAGGUGUGGGAGGAGGCAGACGAGGAGAGGGGUUCACCUACUGGGAAGCCCUCGGACACACUGACUCUCUCCACUGCUCUCCCGGACCUGAUGCAGUACGAUCGUUUACCCCCGCCGCUAGCACCAGAUAUCUCCCUCGCCGGGGAGAUACAGACAGACGUACAAGCACAGGGACAGCCGCCCUCAGGCACACACACUGACGGGGUCGUACCGCAGCAUGCCGAAGAGAUGGAGGAGGAUCAGCCUUUCCCAAGCACCUUCCCCUCCCGAGUCACUUCCUCCCCACCCCCCCAGUAUGUGGUCCCCAGUACUACCAAGAUUACCACCGCUGCUACCACCACGAGUGCAAAAAUGACACGUAUUACAUCAACCACUUCUGUUACAAGUAUUCCGGCUGCUGUCAGUGAGUCCACUCUCUCUGCUAUUUCAAGUAUUAAACAGGGAGCUCCAAUCCACUGGGCCAACUCACCCACCAGCACCACCACCUCCACAACUACAACAGCUAGAACCACCACAUCCCCUGUUACUGAAGAUACCACUGCUGUCUUCAUUCCCUUAAGAACUGCAUCUGUGACCAGCAAAACUACUGCUGUUGUUACAGCAGCCUCCACCACCCCCUUCACCACAGUGACCGUUCAGACCCCUGCUAGCUCCACCACGUUCACCAUGCCUAACCACUCGAGUAUACCUCAAACCAGCAUCAGCCCUGGUACCAGAGAACACUCCAGAGAGAGGCCAGGCCCAGGGCUAGUUGUUCCCAGAGAGAGGCCAAGCCAAGGGCCUGUUGAUCCCAGUGAGAGGCAAAGCCCAGGGCUAGUGGAUCCCAGAGAGAGGCCAAGCCCAGGGCUAGUGGAUCCCAGAGAGAGGCCAAGCCCAGGGCUAGUUGAUCCCAGAGAGAGGCAAAGCCCAGGGCUAGUGGAUCCCAGAGAGAGGACAAGCCCAGGGCUAGUGGAUCCCAGAGAGAGGACAAGCCCAGGGCUAGUGGAUCCCAGAGAGGGGCCAAGCCCAGGGCUAGCUGAUCCCAGAGAGAGGCCAAGCCCAGGGCUAGUUGAUCCCGUUGAGAGGCCAAGCCCAGGGCUAGCUGAUCCCAGAGAGAGGCCAAGCCCAGGGCUAGUUGAUCCCGUUGAGAGGCCAAGCCCAGGGCUAGUUGAUCCCAGAGAGAGGCAAAGCCCAGGGCUAGUGGGUCCCAGAGAGGGGCUAAGCCCAGGGGUAGUUGAUCCCAGAGAGAGGCCAAGCCCAGAGCUAGUGGAUCCCAGAGAGAGGCCAAGCCAAGGGCUAGUGGAUCCCAGAGAGAGGCCAAGUACAGGGCUAGUGGAUCUCAGAGAGAGGCCAGUUCCAAGCCAUAUCAGACCUGGACCGGACUGGAAGAGUCCUUCGGUGAACUCUAUUCCGGACUCCCACAGCACCAGGCCCAUUCUCCCAGCCUCGCCCAUCCUGCCAGGAUCACCUGUGAGUUCUGCAAGAAAUCCAAUCCUGCCAUUAGCUCCACCGCAGCUCCCCAAGGUCCCGGUGGAGAGGUCCAAGCCCAGGAUCUCUGACCCCCACAGCCGGAGCGCCUCCGUCCCGGCCGGCAGCGUGGCCAGGCUGGACUGUGAGGCCCAGGGAGAGCCGGCCCCAACCGUCACCUGGACCAAGGUGUCUACAGGGGCGGUGAUGUCAGCCCAGGCCAGAGCCCAGCGCUUCCAGGUGCUGCCCAACGGAACCUUUGUCAUCCACGACGUCGGGCUGCAGGACCGGGGGACGUACAUGUGCAGCGCUCACUCUUUCCUCGGUCGGGACAGGAUGCUCACAACUCUGGAGGUGUGGUCCCGCCCCCCUCGGAUGAAGCUUGCCAAUUACAGAGAGGCUACCAUCCACCAGGGCGGGGAUCUGUCUCUGGACUGCCAGGCCGACGCUGUCCCCGCCCCGCUGCUCUCCUGGGUCCUGCCUGACCGCUCUGCCCUCACCGCCAACUCCACCCACCCUCGGAUGACCCUGCAUCCCAACGGGACGUUGCACCUCCGGGAGGCCGCGGCCCAGGACCGGGGCGUGUACCGCUGCGUGGCGUCCAACCUGGCGGGCGUGGCCAGCGGCUCUGUGCGUCUGCACGUGUCCUCGCUGCCCCCGGCCAUCCUCCAGCCCCGCGAGGAGCUGCUGGUGCUGGGCCGCGGCACGCCGCUGUACGCCCACUGCUCGGCCCGCGGCGCCCCACCCCCCACACUGCGCUGGCGGACCCCGGACGGGACCAGGGUCCGGCCCUCCCAGUUCCUCCAUGGCAACCUCUUCGUGCUGCCCAACGGCACGCUGCACGUGCGCAGGCUGGGCCCGGCCGACGUGGGCGGAUACGAGUGCACGGCCAGCAACGCGGUGGGCGUGGCCAGGAGGACGGUGAGCGUGAGGCUGCGAGGGGACGCCGCCCCCUCCCUCCCCCCCGAGGCGCCUCGGGACAGAGGCCAAACCUCCCUACUACUCCCUCCCCUCUCGCCUCCCUCCUCCGACCGCGGCCCCCCCACCUCGCCACAGCCACCUCCCAAGAUCAACAGCGCAGCCGCCGCUCUGCCCCCCACCUCCUCCCUGGACGCAGGCCGAUCCCAACCCUCCUCCUCCCAGCUGUCCGAACCACCCCUGCCCCCAUCCCACCGCAGAGGCUCCCUGCCACUCGGCAAAACAGAGGCCGUGCCCUCCUUCUCCGCAGGGGACCGGAGCAGAGAUUCUCCUGCCCCUACCCACUCGUCGGCGCCCGUGUCUCCGCUGAGGAAGGCCCACAUCGUGGACACCUCCCCCUCCGCCACCGCUGUCCAUUAUGGGGGUUACCUGCAGCUCCACUGCUCAGUGUCUGGUAACCCGACCCCGUCUAUCAUCUGGAGGACUCCUGCCCGCAAGCUUGUCGACGAGCACUUCAGCUCUGACAGGCGUAUGAAGGUCCAUCCCAACGGCACUCUGCUGGUCCUGGUCGUGACGGAGAAGGAUGCAGGUGACUACCUCUGUAUCGCCCGCAACAAGGUUGCCGACGACUACCGCCUCCUCCGCGUCACCGUGUCCACAAAGCCCGCCAAAAUAGACCCCAAGCAGUCGGCCAAUAAGAUGGUGCCAUUCGGUGGAUCACUCAAAGUGGACUGCCUGGCGUCGGGACAGCCCGACCCAGCCGUGAGCUGGAGCCUGCCUGACGGCACCAUGGUGAACAGCGUGCUGCAGGGGGAGGAGCCAGGACCAGGCCGGCCGCACGGUGAGCCACUGCGGCUCACCGUGUUUGGUAAUGGGACGCUGCUGGUGCCGGUGAUGGGGGUGACAGAGGAGGGGGAGUACACCUGCUACGCUAAGAACAACGGAGGCCAAGACACCAUGAAGGUCAAGGUCCAGGUCAUGAGGGACUCCGCACCCAGCUUCUCCGACGCCCCCGGCCGCCAUGUCACCAGGGUGCGCCCGGGGGCCACCGCCGUGCUGCGCUGCCGGGUCAAAGGAGACCCCGUUCCGACUGUCACAUGGUUCUCCCCCAACCACCGUGUGAUCCCGCGGAGCCUGGGAUCCCGCUCCUUCUCGGAACGUGUGGUGGUGGUCUCCGACGGGACCCUGGAGGUCCGCACGGCUCAGCGGGGCGACGCUGGGAACUACACCUGCCGAGCGCGCAACGCGGCCGGGGAGAGGAGCCGGAUGGUGGGCCUGGAGCUGGAGGAGCUCUACUACACCCCCAACACCAGGGGGACCCCGAACGUCUUGGGGACGCCCAAUGGCCGGGGCACCCCCUGGCAGGGCAGCAGCGAUGUAAACCCAGCCGGCGGUACCGGCAGCAGCAGGCCGCAUGGGGACAUCCAUCAGUAUGCUCCCACCCACGGAGCCGCUAGCCGCUUGGCUAGCAGCGGUGGAGUCAGCAGUCAGUCUAACAGUAGAGUCUUCAGCAGUCCACCCACCUCUGACAUUCAACUAGCAAACACUGGCUCCAAACCACCCAGUCCGUCUGGCGACAGUGUUGGAGUGCAGGACCGGGGAUCCACAGCAGGGCUGGGCCACAGGCUCAACACUGUGGGCGGGAAUAACAACAUAGCGAUCAGACAAGGAAUAGCCGGAACACAGCGGAACCAAGGGGCUGUUACAGUGAACAGCGGCCUGGCGGCGGUUGGAGGUAGCGAUGGCUGGGCGGCCCGCAGCAGUCAUAAUGAGGUGGCGAGCGGAAGACUCGUUAAUAAGACAGGCUUACUGCCUGCCCACACUGGCUCACAGCCUGCCCACACUGGCUCACAGCCUGCUUACACUGGCUGGCUCCGGGGAGGGGCUACUAGCUUUAGCAGCAGGAGCCAUGCUACCAGUGGCGGUACCUCCAGCCCCAGCCACGCCACACACACGGUGAGCGGGGUCUCCUCUGUGCAGCACCGAGCGGGGAGGGGCCAGACAGUGCUGCUGCCCUGCCCAUCCCACGGCUCCCCGCCCCCCCGGCUGUACUGGCUGCUCCCGGGGAACGGCGUGCUCCCGGCGCCCUACUACGGCAGCCGGCUCACCGUGCACCGUAACGGCUCCCUGGAGCUGCGAGGCCUCCGGCCCAGCGACGCCGGGAAGCUGGUCUGUGUGGUGCAGGGGGGCGGGGGGGAGACCAGGGUCCAGGUGGAGCUGUCCGUGUCCGACCCCGGGGGGCCCGGGGGGGAGCUGACCCUGCAGAGGGAGCCGGCGGUGGUUCUAUCGGUGUCCCCCCACUCCGGAGACCUCCCGCGCGUCUCUCCGGGAUCGGUCCGCUCCCUUCAUCCCACCCCUCUGUUGCCUAAGGCGCUCCGGCCGGGGGGCCCCGUCUGGGGGACGUCCCCACAAGGAGGCUUGUUCCUGCCCUCCCUCCCUCGGCCUGCUGCUCCCGUACUGGUCCCAGCAGCGCCAGUCGCAGACAGACAAACGCCCGUUGUGAGCAUCAGAACGGCCUCGUUGGUGAGCAUCAUCAACGGGGAGGACCUCCGCCUGUCCUGCCAUGCAGUGCCCGGCGCUGGGGGCCUCCAGGGGUCCUUCUCCUGGACCCUGCCCAGGGGUGAGGUGCUGUCCCAGGGGCAGAGCACCGGCUCUGGCCGCUACAUGGUGCUUCCCGACGGAACGCUCCACGUCCAGCAGGCGACGGUGUUCGACCGCGGGAGCUACACCUGCCGCUCCACCCCUAACGGCUCCGCCACGGCCGCCGCUGUCACGACGCCCGUGAUUGUGAUUGCCUACCCUCCGCGCGUCAUCAAGGGCCCCCAGCCAGUCACCUACACCCGGUUUGGCGUGGCUAUCGAGCUACCCUGUCUCACCAUAGCAACGCCCCGGGCCGCGCUGACCUGGGAGACGCCGGACUUGACGCAGCUGAGGGUGACAGGCCAGGCUCGUAUCUAUGGCAACCGUUUCCUCAGCGCCCAGGGCUCGCUGGUCAUCCAGAACCCGACCAGUCGAGACACGGGCUUCUACCGAUGCACCGCCAAGAAUGUGAUGGGAGCCGACUCCAAGGCCACCUACCUGCAUGUGGUUUAGCGCUGACGUGAUGGGAGCCGACUCCAAGGCCAGCUACCUGCAUGUGGUUCCGCGCUGACAUGACACGUGCACACUGAGACCGACACUGGGACAUGCCUGCAUGACUGAAACUCCGAGAACGUAUGAGGCCAGCAACGCAUCAUACAUGAAGUCUGCAUCGAAUAGAAGCAGAAGCAUUUCUGCUCACACAGAGAGAGAGGAGAGACAGAGAGAGAGAGAGAGAGAGAGAGAGAGAGAGAGAGAGAGAGAGAGAGAGAGAGAGAGAGAGAGAGAGAGAGAGAGAGAGAGAGAGAGAGAGAGAGAGAGAGAGAGAGAGAGAGAGCGAGCAAGAGAGCAAGAGAGAGAGAGAGAGACAAAUGGAGAGAAAUCUCAGCUGCUUCUCUUUCUACCUGCCAGAUUCCUCUAUUCCCUGAAGAGUCAUCUCUUCUGCCCAAAUGAACUGCAAAACUCUGUGCCGUUCAUGCUGUUAAACCCGCUUCAAUUACUGAUGUACUAUUAAUAUAUAGGUCUUUGUAUUUAGUUGAUGUGUACCUUUUUGAAUCUGUUGUUUUGAACAGGUUUUGUAUUAGAGUUGCCUCUCUCAGGUGAACAGGGGGAGGGUAUUUGUUUUUAUUUUUACAGGGAGAUACAUUUCAGAUGGUUCCACGUGAAUAGGGUCUGCAGACUGCUGUACCUUCUGUAUGUUAUCUGGAUCCACACACUGUCAUUAUAAAGCCAGUAAAAUGUAAACUCUGAGGAUCAAACCCAGGGCCAAGUAGGACAUUAGUUUGGUGUGGUGCGGUACUAAAUAUCACAGGGAUGAUUCCAUUGGCCAACCGGAAUGGCCAAUUGUAAUUGAGGGUAUCUAUUGCAAUUGCAAUAGAUACACAUUUACUCUGAGCAAAUCAGUACCAUGCAAUAUUUCAUGAAGCAGAAUAUGUUGUUACCGUUGUGUUGUGUUAUAGCGGUCCAAUACAUCAGAACAUCCCCCAUGUCUUAUUUUCUACAGUGUAAUCUCCCACUUAACACAAAGCAUUCCCCACUCUUCUCUCUUGGUGCUGCCUAUUGAUUUUGCAGGGUUUUGCUUUGUUUCCAAAUUAAUUAAAUGGUGCAGUUCACAUCAGAUAUUACUUUCAUAGAGAAACGUAGGACAUAACUCCUGCAUCAAAUGAUAAUCAGCUCACCGUCACCCUGUCUGGACGUGGUAAUACUAUUACAAAAAACAAAUAUAUUACUAUAAACACAUAUCACACAUGCAUUAAUAAUUCUUCAAAUCACUAAUGUUACACGUGGUUAACUUCGCUAACCCAAUUUAGAAAAGGAUUCUGCUCCAUAGACAUGAAAUAAUGAUAUAAAACAAGUAACCCAUUUAGACAAGAAGUUUGCGUAAUUACAUGUCAGAAUAGGACAGUACCUCCAGAAUAACUUCUGGCGCGCUCUUCCUGUGACCCAGCUCACAGUUACUUUGAAGCCAGUGUGUGCCCCGGUCUCCAGUCCUUUACGUUGCAGUGUCAGACCUCCCUGUCUCCCUCUAUAUAUAGAGCAGGCUGUUCCCAUCAACACAAACACACUGCUCCAACUCUGCUCACACACACAAGCACACACACACAAACGAACACACACACACACACACACACACACACAUAUACACAAACAAACACCCAUAUACAAACAUACACACACAAACACGCAUGCAUACAUACACACAAACACACACACACAUGCACAUAUACACACAAACAUACAUAAGCACACACACACAAACACAAUCACACACACACACAAACACACACACAUGUGCACAAACAAAUGCACACACACAUACAAAUACAUGCACGCAUACACAGACACAUACACACACACAAAAGCACACACAGUGCCCCACCACGGCCCUGUGAAGAGUUUAUAUUGAUAGGGAUUAUGUGUAAAUUAUACUGAAGCUGGGUAAAUAUGCGUGCGAUACCAAAAACCUGGAAUAAUCCAGUUUAAUAAUCAUGAAGCGCAUACCAGGUCUUGUAUCCAUAACCCUGUUUCCUCUGUUGUUUUAAGUUAUUUGUCUUUGAAAGACUAAGUAAGACAGGGAGGCUGUGGUGUUUCCACCGUGGGGGGCCAGGGGACACCACACUGCCACCUACACUUGUUUGCUUUCCUUUUAUCAACUGCUUCUCUUUUUUAAAUAAAAUAACAAAAACGA